CCUAUUGUGUCGUCUGUUUCUUCUAUCUCAUAUAUCCGCAGCCUCCUAACAAAUCAAAAAAAUAACCAAAUCUAAAUAAAAAAAUAAAAAUAAAAAAUAGAAAAUAAAAGAACGUGCUCAUCUCCCUUCUCCGAUCUCUUCUCCGCCACGGCCGAUCGUGAAUGCGAGCGAAAUCUUAUAACUCACCGAUCUCAGCAGCGGACGUUUUUAUAUUUAUAUUCGAAAAAUAUAGAUAAAGAAGAUUUAUUAAUAAUCUUGUUAGGGUUUCUAGGGUUUCUCGUCUAGGGUUUUUCCCCGUCCCUUCGAUCGUCGUCGUCGUCGUCGUCGUCCUUCUAGGGUUUUGCGGGUGUCACCGGGGCGCCAUGGACGACCUGGAGAAGGCGAUCCUCAUCGCCUACGACCCCGACGCCGGCGCCGCCGCCGACCCGGCGCUCCGCGCGCAGGCGCUCGCCUACUGCGAGGGCGCCCGCUCGGCCGCCGACGCCUCCGCCGUGCUCCGGCUCUGCUUCGACCGCCUCGCCCGCUCCCCCCUCCCCCCAGUCCACUUCUGGUGCCUCCAAACCCUACACGACGCCGUCGCCCUCCGCUACCCCGCCAUCCCCGCCUCCGACCUCCCCUUCCUCCGCUCCUCCCUCCUCGNCAGUGCCCCCCCCCCCCCCCCCCCCCCCCCCGCCUCGUCCCCGCCCUUCCUCAAGAACAAGCUCGCCCAGGCCCUCGCCGCCCUCAUCCGCCGCGAGUACCCCGAUCCCUGGCCCUCGCCCUUCCUCCACCUCCUCCCCCGCCUCCCUUCCGCGGGCCCGCACGCCGUCGACAUGUUCGCCCGCGUCCUCUCCGCCCUCGACGACGAUCUCCUCAGCCUCGACUACCCCCGCUCCCAGGACGACGCCGCCGCCGCCGCCCGCGUCAAGGACGCCAUGCGCCUCCAGUGCGUCCCCCAGAUCGCCCGCCACUGGUUCGACGCCGCCGCCCUCUACCGCGCCUCCGAGCCCGCCGCCGCCGCCGCCGCCCUCGAUGCCGCACGCCGCUACAUCACCUGGAUUGACAUCACCCUCAUUGCCAAUGACACAUUCCUCCCUCUCCUCUUCGACAUCGCCCUUGGCCCCGCCGACUCCCCCGACCCUCUACGAGCUGCCGCCGCCGGGUGCAUUCAGGCCGUCGUCGCCAAGCGGAUGGACCCCCGGAUGAAGCUUGCUCUCCUUCGCAGCCUGGGCAUCGGAGGCCGCCUCUUCUCAGCCGACCCGGAGGUGGUGCUGAAGCUCUCGGCCUUGGUUAUCGGCUAUGCGGCGGAAGUGCUCGAAUGCUACAAGAAGCUGGGCGCCGAUGGGGCCCGCGCGCUAGACCUACUGGAGGAAUCCUUUCCGUCGGUGUUCUUCGUAAUGGAAAGCUGCCACGAGGAUGUGGAUACGUGUAAUGUGGUCGAGUUCCUCUCAGAUUAUGUCUCCACCAUGAAGUCGCCGGCUGAGAAGCAGCUCGGCUAUCUGGGUCAGAUAUUGCAGGUGAUUCAUGCACAGAUAUCGUACGAUCCGGCCUACAGAGCCAAUCUUGACAUCCCAGAUAAGAUCGGGAAGGAUGAGGAGGAUGAGAUGGGCGAACACCGCAAGGAUUUUCUCGCUCUCUUCCGCAGCAUAUGCAGGGUGGCUCCCGAUGUGGCUCAGUUGUUUAUAAAAAACCUGUUAGUCGCUUCUCUCUCUUCACCUGAGUCGAAUGUGGAAGACGUGGAGGCUUCAUUAACUUUAUUCUAUCGGUUGGGUGAGACGGUGAGCGACGAGGCAAUGAGGUUAGGAACUGGGCUGCUUGGCGAGUUGGUCCCGAUGCUUUUAUCGGCGCGGUUCUCAUGCCAUUCUCAUCGGGUGGUAGCUCUAGUUUACUUGGAGAGUAUUACAAGGUACAUGAAGUUUGUGCAGGAAAAUACUCAGUACGUGCCUCAUUUACUGGCCGCCUUUCUCGAUGAAAGGGGAGUCCACCACCCAAACGUCAAUGUGAGCCGAAGAGCCAGUUAUCUGUUCAUGAGAGCUGUGAAGCUAUUAAAAUCUAAGCUAGUGCCCUUUUUAGAUACCAUUCUGCAGAGCCUACAAGAUACGGUAGUCCAAUUUGGUUCAAGUUGGACAAACAAAGAGUUGAAGUUCUCCAGCUCUGAAGAUGGAAGCCAGACAUUUGAGGCGAUUGGUUUAUUAAUUGGUAUGGAGGAUGUGUCACCAGAGAAACAGUCUGAUUAUUUAGCGGCAUUGCUGAACCCUCUCUGUCAACAGAUCAAGUCACUUCUCUUAGAUGCCAAACUACGAGGGCUAGAAGAAUCUUCCCCAAAAGCUAUCGCACUUCAGCGGAUUAUUGUUGCAUUAAAUGCACUUAGCAAGGGCUUCAGCGAGCGGCUAGUCACAAGUAGUCGUCCAGCAAUUGGUAUUAUGUUUAAGCAGACCUUGGAUGCAGUUCUGCAAGUUCUUGGAAUGUUUUCUGCAAUCAAGCCUCUACGAAGUAAGAUCACAUCAUUUCUUCAUCGCAUGAUUGAAAUCUUAGGGACAUCUAUAUUUCCUUGCCUUCCAGUCGCACUAAAGCAGUUGCUUGUGGAGAAUGAGUCAAAAGAUAUGGUGGAUUUCCUCGUUCUAAUCAAUCAAUUGAUUUGCAAAUUCAACACUUCUGCUGGUGGCAUAUUAGAGGAUAUCUUUCCUGCCAUUGCAAGCAGAUUGUUUGAUAUUCUUUCUCGUGAUGCUUUUCCUUCAGGUCCUGGGAGCAAUAACGAGGAAAUACGUGAGCUGCAAGAACUGCAGAGGACAUUGUAUACUUUUCUUCAUGUUAUUGCAACACAUGAUCUCUCUUCAGUUUUUCUUUCCCCUAAUUCUAGGGAUUACUUGGAACAUAUCAUGCAAUUGCUCUUGUAUACCUCAUACACUCACAAAGAUAUACUUCUUAGGAAGUUAUGUGUGCAAAUUUUCGUCAGGCUCAUUAAAGAUUGGUGCACCAAUUAUAAUGGCGAAGAUAAGCUUCCUGGAUUCCGGAGCUUUGUGAUCGAUAAAUUUGCACCAAAUUGCUGCUUCUACAGUGUCCUUGAUGAGUCAUUUGAUUUUCGUGAUGCCAACACGCUUCUUCUCUUCGGUGAAAUUGUAGUGGCUCAAAAGGUCAUGUACGAGAAGUUUGGUGAUUAUUUCAUCAUUCAUUUUGUGUCAAAAUAUCUCACAGCACCUCAUUGCCCCCAAGAGUUAGCAGAACAAUACUAUCAAAAGUUACAGGGCAAUGAUAUUAAAGCUUUGAGAUCAUUUUACCAAUCUCUAAUUGAGGACUUACGGCAACAGCAGAAUGGAAGCGUAGUUUUCAGAUAACAUCACGACAUCUCUUUUCAGUCUUGGUGUUACUAAAUGGAGUUAAUUUUUUAAUUUGUUCCCAUUUACCAUGCUGAUCACCAAGGUGGUUCCAUGCAGGGCAGUUCUCCUUUGUAUAUAAAGAUUACGGUAUUCAUUGAGAUGACAAGAUGUAUAUUGCGGGAAUGCUUUUUAGACGGGCAACUGAGCUGCUAUCUAUGGAGUGGGUGCCUUUUGAGUAUGGAUUUGUGAUGCAAUAAGCAGUGCUGUUUGUUUUCCAUAAUUUUUUGUCCAUCCCGGUGAGAUGAAUGAAUUUUGUCAUUCUUAUACCUUUCCGUUUUGUAUUUUUGUCUCAAUUUUGGUUAACUUAUUAAGUCUUAAAUGUCCAUAACAGUUUUUUGUGAAAUUGGAUGUCUACAGGGACGUCUUAGAAGAAAGAGGCUUUCAUAUGGUUCUUCAAAAUAAUUUUUUAACUGCUUUAUUUUCAUAAGUUAAUGCAAGUGCUUUAUUUUUGUCGUCAAAUACUCAAAUGUUUACUGGAGAUAUCCUUGUCCCAUUUUCUGAAUGGGACUUCCUGAAGUAACCAUGGAAUUUCCUUGCAGUCAGUUAAAUAGUCUUCUGAUGAUUGCAUCCACAGAUUACGACAUUUUUCCAUCCUGACGAGGCUUUUGACGCUCUUAAGUGAUGUAAAUAAUUGUGUCAUGCCUACGUAUGGCACGAAAAUAUGUACAUGUUUGGAUGUGUUUGUGUAUGUAUGCAUGUAUGUAUUUUAUGUA